AUGGCUGAUGCAAUUGUUGCCGCUGUCUUUGAGCAACUGGCUUCAAUCCUUCAGCAGCAAAUAAUCCAAGGGUGUACAUCACUUGGAGGCGUUGAUGAAGAUGUUCGAAAGCUCGAAAGAAAUUUCCAGGCCAUUGGAGCAGUGCUCAACGAUGUAGGGAUGCUAGAGAGCACACGCGGGCAUGUUGUGAGAGAUCAGCUGCAAAAGCUUAGAGAAAUAUCCUAUGACAUAGAAGAUGUGUUGGAUAAGUGGAAGACAGGGAUGCAAAAAUUGCAAAUGCAGGAAGCUGAGGUAUUUCCUCUCAACCGUGUUUCUGGUUUUCUUUCUAGACAUGUUCUACGUUAUUCUGUUUCUUUGAAGAUAGAAAACAUAAAUAAAGCACUAGAUGAUGUUGAUUGGGAAAGAAAUAGGUUGAAUUUUAGGGUGAUGAAUGGCCACAAAGAACCAGAAAGAUAUAUAUCUUCCUCUUUUAUUGAUGUAUUAGGGGUUCAUGGAAGAGAUCAGGAGAGGAGUAUGAUAGUAAACUUGUUGUUGAGUGAGAGUAGUCAAGGAGCAAACGUCUCUACCAUUUCUAUAGUAGGGAUGGAAGGAGUUGGAAAGAAAACUCUUGCUCAAUUAGUUUUUAAUGAUAGUGUCGUGAAGAGUCAUUUCGAGAAACAAAUAUGGGUAUGUGUCACACACUUGUUCAGUGAGAUUAAGAUUGCUAAAGCAAUCCUUGAAUCUCUUAUUGGUGUUGCAACACUUCUAGUUGAAUUGAAAACUAUUUUGCAUCACAUACGUCAUUUUGUUAAAGGAAAGAAGUUCCUUCUUGUCUUAGAUGAUGUAUGGUCUGAAGAUUUUACAAGUUGGGAACUUUUAAAAGUUCUUAACUAUGGUUCCCAAGGAAGUAAGAUUCUGGUGACCAGAUGUAAAGAAAAUCUUGCAAACAUUAUGGGAACCUCAAACAUCUUCCCAAUAGGUGUGUUGUCUAGGGAGGGAUGUUGGUCGUUGUUUAGUCAACUUGCUUUUUUCAGAAGGACCUACGAAGACCGUGAAAACCUAGAAGAUAUCGGUAGAAAAAUUGUAGGCAAAUGCAGGGGUUUUCCUUUUGCUGUAAAGAUUUUAGGAAGUCUCUUGUGCUUUAAAAGGAAAGUUGCAGAUUGGAAAAUGGUCUUAGAUAGUGAUAUAUGGGAAUUAGAAGAGGAAGAAAUAGAGGCUAUGAGAUAG